AUGGCCGCCACCACAACCCAAAAACCCGCCAAACUCCCCGUCACCGUCGACAAGCCGACCCCCUACACCUUCGACCUCGGCCUCCUCCUCGCCAACGACCCCAACCCCGUCGCCAUCCCCCCCUCCACCCUAACCGACCGCUCCGCCCUCGAAACCCACCUCGCCAGCGUCGCCCGCGACGGCGCCCAAGUCCUCAUCAACCAGCUCCUGACCACCUGCGCAAUCAGCUCGACCCCCGCCGGCGUGCUCCUGACCCUCCCACCCCCCCAAACGGCCCUCCCGCGCGAAAAACCCGUGCCCGCCCCCAAGGCGGAAACCAAAUGGUCGGCCUUCGCCAAGCGGCGCGGGAUCAAGCCCAAGACGCGGGAGCAGCGGCGCAACCAGCAGUACAACGAGGAGACGGGCGAGUUUGAGCGCCGGUGGGGGUACAAGGGGGCCAACAAGGCCGGGCAGGACGACGCGAUCAUCGAGGUGAGCGCGGCCGACGAGGCGCGGCGCAAGGAGGGGACGAGCGUGCGCGGCGACAAGCGCAGGGAGAUCCGCGAGCGGGUGAAGCGAAAUGAGAGGCGGAUGAGAAAGAACCAGCGGAAUGCCGAGGGGAGGAAGUAG